AUGACGCUUCCGUAUCGAGAUAUAAAUGUCCAUGUAGCCGCCGAGUCCUACACUUUCACCUCGCCCUCCUCGCCCAAUGCUCCAGCCCUCGUCAUCGAUCGUCCAACGGGCGACGUCCGUCUGAGCGAAACUGCCUCUGUGAACACCAAGCGUGUUGCUCGCGUCUCUAGCAUAGCCGGCAUUCUUGGUCUCAUCCGGUUGAGGCUUGACAAAUAUGCCAUUGUUAUCACAAAAGCCCAGCCCGUGGGCCGUCUCAAGGGGCAGAUGGUGUAUAAGGUUGUUUCGACCGACUUCUUGCCGAUGCGCGAACGUCAGAUUCGUGACCCCGAUGAAGACCAAUUCCUAUUCCUCCUAAAAACCUUCAUCAUGACUGGUCCUAUGUACUUCUCCUAUGGGAUCGAUCUUACCAACAGCUUUCAGAGACAAGCAUCUAUGGAUAACUCUACCCCAUUAUGGAUGCGUGCCGACGAUCGCUUCUUCUGGAACAGGUUUGUCCAGAGCGACCUGAUUGCCUUUCGAAAGCUGGGAAAUCGGUCUCAGCAGGGUCCACAGCCAGCUGUCGACCCUUUUAUCCUUCCCUUGAUAUGGGGCACACUAGAAAUACGACCGACUAAGCUUAAGGGCACCCCCCUCACUAUCGUUCUUAUGACAAGAAAGUCGAGGUAUCGCGCCGGGACCAGAUAUUUUACGAGAGGUAUCGAUGAGGACGGACAUGCCGCCAAUUACAAUGAGACUGAGCAAGUUGUCAUUCUAAAUGAUACUGGUGGUGGUCUCGGAGGGUUUGCAGGAAGUACCGACAUGCAAAGUGGCAAGUUUGGGGCUUCUGAUGGGCGAGAAAUGCAGAUCAUGUCCUACGUCCAGACUCGAGGUAGCGUGCCCGUUUAUUGGUCUGAGAUCAAUGCUCUGAAGUAUACCCCAAAACUCCAGGUUCGCGGGAUUGAAACGGCCUUCUCUGCCGCCAAGAAGCAUUUUGAUGAGCAGAUCCGCAUAUAUGGUGAUAAUUACCUCGUCAAUCUAGUCAAUCAAAAGGGCCGUGAGAAGCGCGUAAAGGAAGCUUAUGAGCAAAUGGUAGAAAUGCUUCUGAGCUCGAAAAGGGAGUCAGUCAGUAAAGACCUCCUCACCGACGAGAAAUUCCACGUCGUUGAGCCUGAUACUCCCAAACAAGAAUUCGACCGCCUACACUAUAUCUAUUUUGAUUUCCACCACGAGACCAAGGGACUCCAGAUGCAUCGCGCGAUGAUGCUCGUUGAUAGAAUGCAUGACGCAUUGAUUGCCCAACAGUAUUUCCGAGGUGUCGAUAUGCCGGCCAAUGGCGGGUUAGAGACGAGGAACUUCCAAACCAGCGUUGUGCGGACAAAUUGCAUGGAUUCACUCGACCGGACAAAUGUGGUACAGAGCAUGUUGGCCAGGUGGACUUUGGACCGCAUCUUUGUAGACCUAGGCUUACUUCAACGAGGCGAGACUUUCGCCACGGCGGACCCAGCCUUUGAAUUCCUCUUCCGCAACCUUUGGGCCGAUAAUGCCGACACGGUAUCUAAAGCAUAUGCUGGCACGGGUGCUAUGAAAACAGAUCUUACGCGCUUGGGCAAGCGUACCAAGCAAGGCACACUUCAGGACGGUAACAUCGCCGUGACCCGAUACUACCUCAACAACUUCCGAGACGGGCCGCGACAAGACGCCUACGAUCUGUUCUUAGGCGCUUAUGAGCCCAAUACAGCUAACAUCGGUUCAUCGCUCAUAUUUGCCGACCGCAGACCCAUCCUAAUCCAGAGUAUCCCCUAUAUUCUCGCUUUCAGCAUUUUCUUUGUUUUCCUGGGGUUGUUUAGCAAACGCCUGCCGGACUCCACUGUUCUGCCCAUGCGUCUUUUUAUCUUGUUCUGGCUGGUUGUAGGCGGCUGGAGUCUGAAUUUUAUCAUCCAGAACGGCAUGCUAUUUGUAAACUGGCCGAAGCUAAACCCAAGGCCAUGGGCUAUAGAGGGUUACCAGGAGACAAUCGGGAAGGUCAGGAAGGGCAAGGUUAUAGGCCCAUUCGUCGCAAGACACGAGCGUGGAUUAAGCACAGCGAGAUAUCUUAAUGCAGAGGAAGGGAAGAAGAGGAUUGAGUAA